GGUCCAAGUUGCUGCUGGAGAACCUGGAAGAUGCCCAGGUCCUAUUGGGCACUGAUGACGCCUUGACGGACAAGCAUGGCUGCCCAGCUUAUGUGGGUCCCGAAAUCAUCAGCUUCAAGGGCUCCUACUCUGGAAAAGCGGCUGAUAUCUGGAGCCUAGGGGUGGCCCUCUACACUCUGCUGGUGGGCUGCUAUCCCUUCCAGGGCACCAAGCCCAUCUCGUUAUUUGGCAAGAUCUGUCGCGGACGUUUUACGGUUCCGGGCGACCUCUCGCCCAAGGCUCAGUGCCUUAUCCGGUGCCUCUUGCGAAAGGAUCCGGCGGAAAGGCUGACCGCCAGCGGCAUCUUGCUCCAUCCUUGGCUGGCUUCCAACCCAGGGCCCAAAGCGCUGGGGGUCAGCCCCCUCGGAGGGCAGGGACUGGACCAAGUGGUUCCUGAAAUGAGGAGCUGCCGAAAGAAUUCGGAUAAAUUGCGAGGAGAGAACAGUUGAAGUGGCCUUGAGGGGAAGAAUGCAAGAAUUUGGAUAAAUUGCGAGGAGAGGACAGUUGAAGUGGCCUUGAGGGGAAGAAUGCGGAAGAAGGAAAGCCUCUGGCAUUGAAAGCCAUAUCUCAGCCGCCUCGGAAGUGCCUUUUGGGGGACAAACUACCUUUCACCUUUGCCCUUCCAUGGGGCAGGGGUUGCUUUGUCCCAAAACAUGGGGGGAGGGGGGGAAGGGCUUCACACACACCCCUUCGCCCUUUGCGUUCUCGCCUAUGCCAAAGAAACCUAGGGGAGUUUUGUCGAGCACCAGCAAGCUCUUAAAGAGGCCUCUUUUGCACCUUUAAUUCGGGAUCUGUAUUGCUGAUUUGGACAAGGAACCUGCCGUGGAACGAUUGGCGGGAGAAAGAGAUCUAGCAUGGAUGAUGUUAUGUAGUUUGGUAACGAGAUGUCUGCAAGUAAAAAGCUAAGCUCAGAGAGCACAAAGGAAAGGACCCUGAAGUCUUUGUU